GGGGGUGGGGGGAUGGUCUGAGGCCAACUCAAAUUCAUUCCAUAAUUAGAGGGGCAAAUUGCAUUUUUAAUUUUUAAAUUUUAACACUUUCAUAUUUUCUCACUUCCUUGUUCAAAUUGUCGUAGCCCUUUUACCUCGCUCUAGCCGUCGUCGUAUUCUUGUUCUUCUUCUCACGGUCACCAGACUGCCCGCCGUCGCUCGCCAAUCGCCAUUACCUGACGGCGCCACGGCAGCCAGAGUCAGCCAGAGACCCUGAUCUGAUCAAGGUUAUAGAUUAGGGCUUUCCCUUCUUCCUUCACUUCCGCCAGGCCGUCUGUCUCAGUCUCGACUCCUCCACUGAACUUUCAGUCUUUCAUCGUCUUCAGACUCAAGGUGCAGAUAGACUUGACUUAUGGGCGCGACCCAAAUCAGCAGCAUUUCGUCUCUCUGGUCCGUCAAGUCUAACCAUACUCAAAGACCCAUUUCGCCGAUUGAGGCAAAUCAAAGGAGGUUUCUUCCAAUGGCCUCAACCGUAGGCGUGGAGCACACAAGUGAGUCGAAGCAGAGACUGACUGGUGAUAAGUUCAUUCGACCCCACUUAAGAAAACUGUCCCCUUAUCAGCCCAUUCUGCCUUUUGAGGUUCUGUCUACUCGUCUAGGAAGAAAGCCUGAGGAUAUUAUCAAAUUAGAUGCAAAUGAGAACCCAUAUGGCCCUCCUCCAGAGGUGUUUGAGGCUCUGGGGUCAAUGAAGUUUCCCUAUAUAUACCCUGAUCCGGAGAGCCGUAGAUUACGUGCUGCUCUUUCUGAAGAUUCUGGUCUUGAAGCUGAUCACAUUCUUGCAGGGUGUGGUGCAGAUGAGCUCAUUGAUCUAAUUAUGCGAUGUGUACUGGAUCCUGGUGAUAAGAUCGUGGAUUGUCCUCCGACCUUUACAAUGUAUGAAUUUGAUGCUGCAGUAAAUGCGGCAGAUGUAAUCAAAGUGCCAAGGAAAUCAGAUUUUAGCUUGAACGUGGAACUGAUUGCUGAUGUUGUGGAGAAAGAGAAACCCAAGUGCAUAUUCCUAACAUCUCCAAACAAUCCUGAUGGGAGCAUAAUUAACGAUGAAGACCUCUUGAAAAUCCUGGAUCUCCCGGUAUUGGUGGUGUUGGAUGAAGCAUAUAUUGAGUUUUCACAGAUUGAAUCUCGAAUGAAAUGGGUUAAGAAGCACGAGAAUUUGAUUGUUCUCCGUACAUUCAGCAAAAGAGCUGGGCUAGCUGGACUACGCGUGGGUUAUGGAGCAUUUCCUUUGAGCAUUAUUGAGUAUCUAUGGCGAGCGAAGCAGCCAUAUAAUGUGUCCGUCGCGGCUGAACUAUCAGCCUGUGCAGCAUUGCAGAAUCCUGCAUAUUUAGAGAAAGUAAAGGAUGCUUUGGUACGAGAGCGAGAAAGGCUUUAUCUGCUGCUGAAGGGUGUACCAUUUCUCAAUCCAUACCCCAGCCACUCGAAUUUCAUUCUUUGUGGGGUCAAAUCAGGAAUGGAUGCUAAAAAGUUGAAGGAGGAACUUGCUAAGAUGGGUGUAAUGAUACGUCACUAUGAUAAGAAGGAACUGAAGGGAUAUGUCCGGAUCUCAGUCGGGAUGCCUGAGCACACUGAUAUUUUGAUGGACUGCCUCCGCCGUGUAUGUUGAUCUUGUACUGUUUAUGGAUCUCCGUUUAUUGUUUGGGGAGAAAGUAGAUGACAUUGGGAUUCAUUUCUAGUUUCAGUUUGCUUACAUAAUGUUUAUUGUAACAUUAGAUACGAUUGACAAACAAAAAGGGAAUUAUCCUUUUCCGGAUUAAUAGAGAAGGAAGUUUUAGUUACUCUGUUGAA